UUUCAUUUUAGUGUUGGUACUGUUGGUGUCACUGGAUAACACAUGUUUUUUACAUCUGUCAUCAUCAGAAAUCACAAAGAAAAAAAUGAUAAAAACUCCGUAAUGCACAAUGAAUGCAGAAAUAGAAGAAAACAUCCGGAAGAAUGUGACGUGGGCGCAUUUGCCAGCGCAUAUAAAGCAGAUAUUAAGCAACUCCUCAAAAGAAUAUGACCGGUAUGUCGUGAAUUUCAGUAUAAAAAAUCAACUUAGAUAUCGAGGAAAUUUAGUUCGUCAUGUGUUUAGAGAUGAAAAGAGGUACUAUGAGCGUGUUGUUGCUUACAGUAGAGAGCGGCUCAUGCUAUUUCCUUAUCAUUUGGCCGAUAUGAUUAUAAAGGGCCUACGAAUGACUCCUUUCAAUUACUACAUUUCUGUCGUGGAAAAACUCAUGCAGGCUGAGAAAAGUUAUGAUACGUUGCCAAAUUUUACAGCAGCUGACUGUUUACGUUUGCUCGGCAUAGGCCGAAACGAGUAUAUAGAAUUGAUGAAUAAAUCUAGGUCUAAUAGGGGUAGAUUGUUUGGUAGGAAAAACGUUCGGAUACUACUUCCAAAAGUUCCAUGUGACAUUCAUAUUGAACCGUGGUGGAGAGUUGAAGUUGGGCUAGUGCUUGAAGAGGAUAUUAAGAUGGUAAAUGAAGAAGAAUUGGCUGUUAUAGAUAAAUUAAUAGAUUUAGGAUCACAGAACGCUGGACAGUUGAAUUAUUACGUUGUUCUUAGUUUAUACAAAAAGGGAUUGAUAUAUUUAGAUGUACCCAUUACUGGAGCUGAUAGAGUGCAAGUACCUCCGUUACAGGGCUUCGUUAUGAAUAGAAUAUUGGGAGAUUAUUUUGAAACCCUUCUUUACAAGAUAUUUGUGUCUAUCGAUGAACACACUACAGUUGGGGAGCUUGCGGGAGUGUUGCAAGUUGAUACCGAAUUAGUGAAACAAGCGGUGUCGCUUUAUUGUAGACUGAAAUUUGCACGAAAAUUGGAUGUCGACAUUGAACAGGAAAGGAACAAGUGGCACCCGAGUUGGAGUAAUGUCCCCAUGCAGAGUUCCAAAAAUGUGGAUAUUACACCGCUAACCUUGAAUCUAAAUAAUAAUUCCAACUUAAACAUAUCUGGCGAGCUUCAGUCGCCGCAGACCGAGGUACCGGAGAGUCCGGCAAGUUCAAGUUUGCCCAGAAAGGGCCAACGGGUAGCGUUUUUGUUCGAUUCGACCCUUACGGCAUUUCUUAUGAUGGGUAACUUGUCUCCCGGUCUGAAGAAACAUGCCGUUACCAUGUUUGAGGUUGGAAAAUUGUGUGAUGAGACCUUGGAUAGUUUCCUUGCGGAAUUGGAGAAAGUUUCUGUUCUUGAUGCCGAAGGAGAAGGCGAAGCCCGAAGAUUUUUUGAUCAUGCGGUUAUUUUGAGGUCCACCGUUCUAGCGCUGAGGAAAUUACCUAGCCCCGGUUUAGAUUUAGUUAGGUUAGAAAGCUUGCAUUCCCUUGACGAUGCGACCUGUAUGAGGCUGUUACAAAAGAAAUACAAGUUGUUAGUGUCAAUGGCUCCUCUCAGCAAGGAAGUUCGUCCGAUCACUAGUUUAUUACCUCCCCACUUGGGACCAGCUGUACCUGAAGUCAAUUCCUUAUGGUUUAAACUAUUUUUGUACCACAUGACUGGUUAUGGACCACCUUCCCUUCUCCUGACUAAAGGCACUACUUUGAAACAACUACCCCGGAUGUUCCUAGGAUUUACCCGGUUACUAGUUACGUCUUGGCUCCACGAACCAGCGGUCAUACCAGUGGCCAAUAUUCUGUACGUGAACGCAGCCUUACAAUUUUCUCCAGUACUUAUCCAGGCCUACGGCGUUCACCAACCCGCCCAGACUUACGUCAUUCCGUUUCCGCUAAAGUCCGAUCCCUCGACGAAAAUCAAGGAACAGCCCAUGGAUUUACUGUUUAAAAAUCACCAGGCGGUCAGGUGUUUGGGGGAGUUUGUGGAUUUGGAUCAUAAUUGCGGGUAUCUGACAUUUGCAAAUAUCGGAGUUUUGGAUUUUGGGUGUCCCAACAAGGAGCAAGUUGUCAGAUUGGGCAGGACGGCGGGACGGUUGAGUACUGGAUUUGCAAAAAUUGCCAAGGCCAAAGCAGAAAAGGAAAACGAAAUGGAACCCCUUUCGAUUUGCAACGAGAACUUCAGUUUUAAAACCGAUGAGGCGCCUACGGAAAAAAUUAAGACAGAGCACCAAGAAAAGCAGUCAGCAAAGGAUACUACACGAGACAAAUCUGAAAUGAUAAUCGACAAGGACGAGCUGGAAAGGAAACUUCAGUCACCCGUCGAAAAUCACUUUGCGUUAACCCCAGUGACAACUAGCGAGUCUUCCUCACCUGCCAACGGUUUUACCAGUCAGGAAUGUACUGAUUUGCUUCAGGAAGAGUUGGAUCAUCUCGUCGUACGUGAAGAGGUCACGGAAGCAAAAGAAAACCUCGGGUUGGAAUUAAAUUUGAAGAGCAGUGUUUCCGUGGAAGGCCUUGUGAGUCCGUUGGAUGAAAAUAUCAGUAUGUUCACAAGAGACCGAGAAAACCAAAAUAAGGAAGAGAAACGGAAACUGGCGGAGGAAAGCAGUGACAAAAUUGAAAAAAAAGAUAUAGCGCCUGAGGUUUGGACCUUGUUAGAUUGUCAUUUUGGAGUGCCGCUGUUUGAUGUUAAUGCCAACACUAAAAUCUGUGAUACAAUUGUUUCUGGAGGCCUAGCCGAAGUUAGCAGUCUCGAUCAACUGGUCGAAUCUAGUCGGAAAUUGGGAUCAGCACUACUAGACUUUAUAUCACAAUGUCAGUAUUACCCUGGAGAGAAUAUGGAAAUUCUGAAACGUGGGCGACUCGUGCCGCUACCAAAACAUAAUCUUGUCUUUGACAACGGCAGAGUGAGUGAAUGGUUGGGAAAGUAAUCAAAAUUAUGUUUAGGGUAGGCUAAUACUUUUUUGACGAGCAAUAGGGCAAUCGUAACAGAAGAUUAUGAUCCGUAAAUAUUAAAUAUAUCAAGAUAGUAUUACUUUGUUCCAUUUUUCUUUAGAAGCUUAUAUGUCUUUAUGUGUACAUAGACGAACUGUUAGUUAUAUUAUUAAGUAUAAUCAUAUUAAAAUGACUGUCUUGUCAAUUUCAUAUUGUUUACGUACUACUUAAUCAAAAUAGUAUUAUUUUUCACAUUCCAUUUUUUUUGUUUUGUAAUAGGAGCUACUUAAUUUUAUAUCUGUUAAUAUUUUUAAUCAAACUAAGUGUACAAUAGGAAUUUAAGAAGGUUUAUCGGGUAUGUCUAAAGUCAAAUAAGAGUUUCUCUAGAUUCGCUAGUGACUAAAGUAGUAAGCCUUUAGAUUUGGCAACGUUGCACUUGGCUGGCGCGCUCGGCUCAGCGUUCGCUCGCUCGCGUUCGAUCAUCCUGUUUGUUUGGAUGCCUAAGCUUGAAAUAUACAUCAUAUGUCAUACCUGCAAAUUUCAAAUAAUAUGCUACAUCGAGAACCGCGGUGUUGCCGCUAUAACGCACA